UCCAAAUCUCCAGAAACCAGAUGUUACCUCACAGGUCUGCAGUUUCCAGUGCUGCUGGGUUUUUCUUCCUCCCACUUUCAACACUUCUCCUUUUCACCGAUGCGCCUUUAUGUACAGAGCACAAAGUGUCCUGCAGUCUGGGUCUGACUGAGUCCGGCUCUGAUGUUCCAGGAUGAUCCUGCUGCUCGGUCUGCUGUGGUCCUUCUGGACAGAACCAGUCCUGUCUCURCAGGACGGAGAUUUCAGUUUUGAUGAAGAUAUUCGUCACUUCGAGGUGUCCAACGUCUCUGUCUUCAUCUCCACAGAGAAGAAGCUGUACCAGCUGAGCCAUGACCUGACUCCGGUCUGGACGCUGACUCAGAGGGGGUUCAUGAAGGACGGGGACCAGCCUGUGUUUCAUCGGGACUCUGAGGGGAACACAACCUUUACCGUCAACACAUUGUUACCUUUUGUUAGGAAUGGAUCACUGAUCAGCUGUGGAGUUGUUGAUCCUAAGUGUGGUUUCUGUGAGAUCAGGGACUUGAAAAACAUCUCUACAAUUCUGCAUGGAGAACACAUCCAGGUGGGACCCCUGAGGACCAGCAGUGGGUCUGUUGGGUUCAUGGUGGAUGUGAAGAAAGAUGCAACAAAGAUGGAGACUUAUAUUCUGACUGCGUUCAAAGAAAAAARCAAAGAUGAGACAGAGAAAUGUCCCUCUGAUAAUAAAAUGGUUAACCUUCAUGAUACAGAUAAUAAUGAAUGGAGAGAAAUAUUUUCUCUACAAGAUUCAUCAGGAACUCCUGGGAUCAAUAGUGAUCAUGAUGUGGAUUUUGURGAUGGAUUUCAGAUCAAUUCAACAGUUURUCUUCUCUCCAACGUGGUGUCAAAGMCCAGACGGAUCCGUCUCCUUUGGUUUCAGGGUAAAGACAGUAAAUCUGACACUCUGAGGUCUCUGCGUGGAGCGACUCUCCAGGUCUCUGCAGAUCCAGGCAGCAAACUGUUGGCUUCCUCAGUCAUCCCGGGGGSGCAGCAGGUUCUGUGGAGCGGGGUGUUCAUUGUGGACCAAGGAGGAACUGAAACCCAGCUGGUUCUGUUUGACAUCAGCCCUGACCUCAGCAACAAUCCAAACACAGAUCCAGACUUUUCUUAUGGAUCUGGAAGCUCAAGACAGUCGGAACCAAAGGUGCUGAAACCGAAGGCGGUGAUCCUGAAGAAGAACCACAUGAGCUCGGUUUUGGCACUGAGGCAGAGGGGUUGGAUAGUUUUCCUGAUCGGGACGUCAGACGGGCAGCUCAUCAAGAUUGCUGCGGACAGGAACUACCAUCCCACCUGUCCAAAGGUGCUCUACAGGGCCAGUGGAGACCAGAACCUGUUUCCUAAAACCCAUCUGGAUCCAGUGGAUCAGAAACAUGUCUAUGUGCCGUUUAAAAACCAGAUUAAACGCGUUCUGAUAUCAAACUGCCGCCUGAGCAGAACCCUGCAGGAGUGCUGGUCCGCUCAGGAUCCGUUCUGUGUGUGGUGCGUCUCCAAGAACAGCUGCGAGGUCCAGGACGACUGCAGAGGCCAGGACUGGGUGUCCAUCCCCGAUGAAGCCCAGCAGAAGAUGGUUUCUCACAGAGUUCUGGAGGGUCCGAGCGGAAAGAUGAAGCUGAUCGUCCAGACCCACCUGUCUCUGAGCCUGAAGACUGACUUAAACUUUGCCUGCAAUUUUAUUUCAUCCUCCGGGAAGCUUUGUGAAACAACCGAGCCAAUUUACCCACAAUGCACCUGCAUCCUCUCUGGUCCUCUUCCUGCUGAGGACGUCACUGUGAAGAUCAGAGUUGGCCAAGUGAAUCUAACGGAGAGACUGAAGCUGGUCAACUGCUCCAGUAUUCAGGGACAAACAAGUUCUCACCUGUGUCAGCGAUGCAUCAGGGCCGGCUGUGGAUGGAGAGGCAACAGCUGCUCCUGGGCCAGUCAACAAGUGCAGAAUGAAACAGUUUGCCAAAACGUGGAGCCUGAGACGACCUCUCCUAGGCCUGAGAUCUCCUCCAUCACUCCCAGCAUCGUGUCUUUCUACGGCAGAAACCACGCUUUGCUGUUGGGUCAGAACCUCCAGGAUGUGGUCGGCGUGAGGAUCCAGGCAGAUAUGAACUGUAACUCACAGGAAUCUUCUGUGUGGAACAACACCGGUGAGAGUCUGACCUUCCACAUUCCCAGAACUGAAACUAAAGGUGUGGUCAAAGUGUGCGCUCUCCUCGCAGACGGCAGCUGCCACAGCAGCGCUACAAUCGCCUACCAGUCGUCACCUGUCUGCACCGACAUCCAACCAAACAGCACCUGGAUCAGUGGGAGGAGGGCACUCACAAUCAUUGGGACCCACCUGGAUUUUGUGGAAGGGGUGACACAUGACCACGCCCUUCAGCAAGUUAUUCUUCCCAGGAAAAGCAGCUUUCAGAAUCUCACCUAUGAAACACCUGCAGCUGAAAACACUCGAAUUUCCAGCCAAUCGGUGUAUUUAAAAGUAGCCAAUCAGACGUUGCCCUGCUCCGUAAAAAUCACCUACCACCCAGACCCGGAGUUCACCAGCUUCACCGCUACGCAGGUCGGAGAUGACAUCCAAAUCGUUAUUCAGAAAAAGGCAGAUCAGCUGAAUAUAACGAAGGACGAGUUGCUGGUGUGGGCCGUCCAGGAUGGGAACCAACAUCCCUGCAUCAUGAAGGACAAAGAAAGCAGCAACAAAACCGAGUCUUUUACCUGCGAUAUCUCAAGAAUACACAACGGUAACAUCAAGGAGUUAAAGAUCCAGUACGGAGGUCAGCUCAAAAACCUGAAGAACUCAGAUUCACUGCUGAUUGUUAUGCUGCUUCUUCUGCUGCUGAUUCCCGUCAUCGUCAUCGUUGUAGUGUUUGUUUACCGAAGCAAACAGAAGCAGUUCACAGAGAAGAUGAACAAGAGGAUGGAGGACAUCGAGAUCGGCAUCAGAAACGACAUCAGACAAGGUUUUGUGGAUCUGCAGACGGAGAAAGCUGACCUGAUGGAGAACGUUGGAGCCAUUCCUUUCCUGGACUACAAACACUUUGCUUCCAGGAUCUUUUUUCCUGAGAGUGAACCUUUGAUAGCGCUGUGCGUCAAAGACAUCGGUCAGGAUGUGCAGACGGUUCAGCUGGAUGAGUGCUGUCAGGGUUUGUCGCAGCUGAUCCAGAACCAGUUGUUCCUCACCACCAUGGUGCACGCCUUGGAGGAGCAGAAAAGCUUCAACGUCAAAGACAAGUGCUCGCUGGCGUCUCUGCUCACCGUGGCGCUCCACAGCGACCUGUCGUACCUGACGGAGGUGAUGGAGGUCCUGCUGAAGGACCUGAUGCAGCAGAACAGCAACGCUCAGCCCAAACUGCUGCUGAGACGCACCGAGUCCACUGUGGAGAAGCUGCUGACCAACUGGAUGUCCAUCUGCCUCUACGGCUUCCUGCGGGAAAGUGUGGGCCAGCACCUGUUCCUGCUGGUGAGCGCUCUGACGCAGCAGGUCUCUAAGGGUCCAGUGGACUGUGUGACGGAGAAGGCUCUGUACACGCUGAGCGAGGACUGGCUGCUGUGGCAGGCACAGGACUUCAGCUCCUUGAAGCUGAAGGUGCUGUUCGCUGUGGGCAGUGACGGCGGGGUGAGCGAGCCUCUGGAGGUGAACGCUCUCAGCUGCGACACGGUGGAGCAGCUGAAAGAAAAGAUCCUGUCCUCCUUCAAAACCAAGUUCGGUUUCCCGUACGGCAGCGGGCUCAGAGACGUCUGGGUCGAGUACGAGAAGGACGGGCGUUUCCUUCCUCUUCAGGACGUGGAUUCCAGCUCGGAGGUCAUCGGGGACGUGACGAAGCUCAACACGCUGUGGCACUACCAGGUUACAGACGGAGCAACAAUCAAGCUGUUUUCAAAAAAAGUUCAUCCUCCUCUGAGCCCACAGAGCAGUCUGAAAGAUGAUGUGAACUUCUCUAGAAAAUACUUCCACUUGAUCGAUCCUGAUGAAGACGAGGCUCAAACCACGAAUCCAGAGAAGAAGAAGUUAAAACUGAAGGAGCUUCACCUCACUAAGCUGCUGUCCACCAAGGUGGCCGUUCACACGUACGUGGAGAACCUCUUCAGGUCCAUCUGGACCCAGAGCAGAGCGCCGCACGCCGUUAAAUACUUCUUCGACUUCCUGGACUCUCAGGCGGACAACAUGAAGAUCACCGACCCGGACGUUCGACACAUCUGGAAGACCAACAGCCUGCCGCUGCGCUUCUGGAUCAACAUCCUGAAGAACCCCCAGUUUGUUUUUGACCUGGAGAAGACGCCACACGUGGACGCCUGCCUGUCCGUCAUCGCUCAGGCCUUCAUGGACUCCUUCUCUCUGAGCGACGUUCAGCUGGGGAAGCACGCGCCCACCAACAAGCUGCUCUACGCCAAGGACGUCCCCAAGUUCAAACAGGAAGUAAAGGAUUACUACAAACAGAUCAGAGAGCAGACCACCAUCACACACGCCGAGUUCAAGGACUUCCUGCUGGGAGAGUCAAAGAAACAUGAAAACGAGUUUAAUGAAGCUGCAGCCCUGAAGGAGCUCUACAAGUUCAUCCAGCGGUACUACACCGAGAUCAGAGAACAGCUGGAUCAGAACGGAGCUCCUGCUGAGCUGACAGAACAGCUGCUGCACGUCAAACAGCUGUUUGAUGGACUGAAGAGCUGCUCCUGGACCUGACCCAGUCCAGGUACCAGCUGCAGGUCUGAGAGCUGCUGUUGAAGCACCGCUAAACCCUGAGCAGCUGCUUCAUGUGCUGCAAGAACAAAAUGUCAAUAAAGUUUUUAUUUUUAUAAAUAAAA